AUCGGAGCAAUGAGAAUAAUCAUGAAAAAUUGCAAAACCAAGAUUAGAUACAUUAUUCAUGUAUCAGAAGACCUGCAGUCUCAAGAUUAUUCUCGUCUAAGAUUCUCGGCUUCUUCGCGAUGCUCCUAAGCCUGAUCAUCCUGUUUUUUCCGGUGACGAUCCACGGCGCCGCUGUUUCUUUGGAGUCGGAGAUUUUGCUUCCAGAUAAUCUUCGGCUGAUAUAUCCUUUGGAGAGACCUUUCGUUUUCGAUAGAAACACCGAUUAUGACUUGGACGUUGAAACUGAAGUCGGUUUCCAUCUUUUCACCAACGAAAACAACGAGACGGCGCAACUUCUGAGAAUCGGUGACACGAAAAUCCUCGAUGAGACAUUUUUUGACCCGGAAUUGUCAACGAAAAUUCUCGUCCACGGGUGGACCGACAACGUUGACAAUCGCUGGUACAAAACAAUUCGCAAUAAUUACCUGAACACUGGUAAUUACAAUGUAAUUUUUGUCGACUGGUCUUCAGCUGCUGGAAGAGAGUAUUUCGUGUCUGCGAAAUCGACCCGUCCCGUGGGUGAGCACCUGGGAAAGUUUUUGUCUUUCUUGGAGUCGGACGGAAAUACGUCCCUGUCAAGUGUCCACAUUUUAGGGCACAGUUUGGGUGCUCAAGUAGCGGGGUUUGCUGGUUCUACUGUAUCGGGUCGAAUAGGACGAAUCACCGGUUUGGAUCCGGCGGCGCCCGGAUUCGAGGUUCCUUUUCUGGUGGAUCCAAAGAAUCGCCUUGACCCAACGGAUGCUGAAUUCGUUGACGUUAUUCACACCUGUUCCGGAACUGUAGGAUUUACAUCGCCCAUUGGUCAUGUGGAUUUUUAUCCCAAUGGCGGGACCUUUACACAGCCAGGAUGCCCUUUCAUAAUAUCACUUUAUUGCAGCCACGCCAGGUCCCAUCAAUUUUGGGCAGAGUCUAUAAUCCGACCCAAUGGGUUUUUAUCGUUGCGAUGUAACGGAUGGAAGGAAUUCGUCGCUGGAUAUUGCGGCACGGAAGACGAUCCAGUUUUCAUGGGAGAUGCGAUCAGUCAGGAGGUCAGAGGAACGUUUUAUCUGAGGACCAAUUCGAAGCAACCAUUCGGUCAAAACAAUUGAAUCUGAUUAUCUUUUGUGUAUUUAUCAUGAUUUUUAAUUCGGUAAAAAUAUUUUUCGCUUCCUCACGCGUGUAUUACAUCGGUUGUUACACAAGCUGUUAUUAUAAAUAUGUUGUAGUAAAAUAUCUGAGAUUAAAGCCAUUCAGUUUUUUGGUUCGGUA